CCUGUAAGUGAUGUAGGUUAUAAAACUGUCUUUCUACGAGACUCCGCAGUUGUGUCCGUUCAAAGGAGAUAUCGACAUAGGUUGCACAUAGCGAGUCUUGAAGGAAUGAUUUUUAAUUUUCUUAUACUGACAGUGCUGUCGGUAGCACAUGCUGCAACUUACGAUGUGCUUCCGAUUCCCAGGAAAGACGUCCCUCAUCACGAUGAGCUGAAAAAAGUUGUGAACGGCCAGACGGCCGAACCAGGACAAUUCCCGUGGCAAGUUUCGAUCCGCGCUACUCUGGGCCGCUCUGUAACCGUUUGCGGAGGGUCGUUGAUUGCACCUCAGUGGAUUCUAACGGCAGCUCAUUGCGCCAAGGAUUACACGGCAUUCCAGAUUGGUUUGGGAUCUACGCUACUCAAUGUCCCUCGGCUGACCAUGUCUACCGUAGUCAAAAUCGUCCAUCCGGAGUUUGAUCCGAUCAGAUUGGCCAACGAUAUUGCACUUAUCAAGCUACCAUCGCAAGUGCCCUACAGUAACGAAAUAUCACCCAUACAGCUUCCACCAUUGCACUACGUAGCCAAAUCGUUCCAAAACGUCGUAGGCAUUGUCUCUGGAUUUGGACGAACUUCUGAUGCGAGCCAAUCUAUCUCAACUAAUUUGAAAUACGAGAAAAUGCGUCUCAUUACAAACUCUGAAUGUGCCACCGUUUACGGAACAUCGGUCAUCAAAGACUCGACUUUAUGCGCCUUAGGUUGGGAACGGACCAAUCAGAACGUGUGCCAAGGUGAUUCAGGAGGCCCACUGGUUAUCGACGAAAGUGGUUCCUACAUUCAAAUCGGUGUUGUGUCGUUUGUGUCGAACCGUGGUUGCAGCACUGGCGAUCCAUCUGGAUACAUUAGAGUCGCCUCCUAUCUUAACUGGAUAAGCCAGCAUACAGGAAUACGUGUGCUGAAUUGAAGUCGCGGAGUUGCGAUACGGCACUCUUCAAUAGAAUAUUGAUAAAAUAUACUUACGCUUAGGAAAUAUACAUCUUGGAAUAAAUUGUUUCUCAGUA